CCUUCUCCCUCACACUGUAUAUUUAACUCUAUGAUACCAUUGAGCUUGAAGAAUCCAAAGCACUCUAAAGGAUAUGUUGCAGUCAUGAAUUCCAUUUUCUCAGCUCAACAUAUAAUGCUUCUUGGUGAUUAUUGUUGUAUGAUGCCUCCUACGGGAAGAGAGUGUCGUCAAGGUUUACCUCCAGACGUCCUUAACGAUCUUCUUGAUAAUGUUAUCGAUAUCAUUGUGAUGAGUUUGCCUUUUAAAGAUGCUGUGAGGACAAGCGUCUUAGCAAGGAAAUGGAGGAAAGACAUUCAACAUCCUGUUCUUCGCCUUUUGGAGCAUGAGCUAUACAAAUUACCUUCUUCACUUUUCAUAUGUUCGCAGCUGACACAUGUAAAUCUUCAUAAUUGCUCGAUAAAUCAUCCAUUGGCCUGUGAAGGAUUUCCUAGAUUAGUCAGCCUGGAACUAUGUAAUGUUACCAUUUCUUCAGAAUCACUCGGAUGUUUAAUAUCUCAUUGCCUGUUGCUUGAGAAGUUGGUGCUGAAAAUCUCGGAAACUGUAAACUUAAUUCCAAUCAAUGCCCCAAUGCUGACAUCCUUUGAGUUCACAGGCCGUAUAAGUUCUCUUUGGUUAAAGAAUGUCUCUCUUCUGGCAAAAGUAUCUCUGAUAUGUGAGGGUUCUUAUAUGGAGGCAGAGAGGUUUGAUUAUGCAAAGUUUUUUGAGUCUUGUUCUGCUCUUGAGCACCUCUCUUUGAAUUUCGGUUAUAGCGAGUUCCUUGCAGAUGAAGCGCCAACAAGGCUUCCCUUUUAUCUUAACCGCGUCAAACAUUUUCACCUAGCACAGCCUAUUGUGGUGAUGGAAUCAUACAAGCUCUCAUUUGCUCUCUUCUUGAUAAGAAGCUUCCCAUAUUUGGAAUAUCUCAACAUUGUAUUCGAAUUGGUUAUGGAAGCUGAUGAUAGGGGUAUUCAAGAAUCUCUUGAACUCGAACGAUUCUCAGAUGUGACAUUUAAUCACCUCAGGGAAGUGACACUCGCACACUUUGGAGGAACAACGCCUGAGAUGCAGCUUAUCAAGCUUUUGUUAGCUAAGUCUCUGGUGUUGGUGAAAGUUCAAAUCUAUCCCGCCUUGUAUGUCGACUCAAGCUCAGACACACUCGCUGAGAUAUUAAAAUUUCGGCAUGCUUCACCUAAAGUCGAAAUAGACUACGUAUCACAUUGAUUUCGAGUAGUAAAACAAUAUGUUUGGGAACAUGAGCCAUCUUCGAAGGAUGUUUUGAUUAGUUUGUUCUGUCAUUACAUGUAUUUAAGGAUUUUUACAUUUAGUGGCUGCUCAUGAAUUGAUACUGUGGUGGUAUUUUUCACUAUUAUUUUUUAUGUCGCGGUGUCCGGACCAGCUUCUGGCGUAGGUUUAUUCUAUUAUUGUGCUGUGACUUGUAAGUUGCUGUGGUAAUUUUAUUUCAAUAGUGAUGUGAGUUGCAGUGCUAA